UGUAUCACCAUUACCACCAGAUCACUCCCUGCCACCAGAGCCUUUUCCUCCACUGGAAUCGGAAUUUGCAGUGAACAUUUCCUCCCCGCAACACCUUGCCUUUCCAUCUUUCCCACCACAUGUACUCCAAAUGCGGAUCCUAUUGUCCAAUCAGAAGACCCUCUGACUCUGAAUACUAUCUUUCUUGAUUCCUCCAUUACCCAAGAUAUCAACCCCUUAUCUCAAACCCUGCCUGAAUCCCAGCCCCUACCACUCACCCAGAUCCAACCCCAGGUUCAUAUUCAAUACCCACUCCCAGUUCUACCAUUCAGUCCCAUACCCCAGAUUAGGGUCUGUGGAGUGUAUUUUCAGAAUGAAUCAGACCGUCUCACCUCAUCUGAAAUUCAACAGCUGGAAUGGAAUGUGUUGCAGAAGCAACAUGAAAGUUUGUGGGGUUUACCUACUGUGGUGCAAAGAUCUCAGGAAGAAUUUUGUUCCUCAGCUCCCAACUCUCCUUACUGCCCGCCCUCUAAGGCCCAUCUACAUAAUGAGUCUGUCAAGAGCAAAUUCAAUGGUGUCUGGACAGAGUGUAAAAGCUUUCUUUCCUUGAGUCCAGGGCUGGAAGUCCACAUUACCAAGUUUCAUUUGAGGAGGAUGUGGGGCCUUCCCACCAAAGUCCUUGAACCUAGGGAGAACAUUAAAUUGAAGUAUACUUCCUCUCAUUCCUUGCUUGAUUCCAAAUCUUCCUCCUCAAUCAAUCUGACCUGAGGUAGAUUCCAAAUCUAGGGGCUUCACAUCCCUUCAAGGAAGCUCUAAAACCCUGAAUCAUCCUCACCUUGCCACCUCACUUGUGGGCAAGGAAGGACAGGGGACCCUGAGAUGAUCACCCUCAUCGCCCUUGGGCUGGCAGAGAAGGUUCAGAGAAUUCAGGAUGCCGGACAGACUCUUUUGCCAGUCACAAACAGUAUCAUUGGUAAAGUAAGUCAGAGACAUUCUCUAAGAGGCAAUAUUCGCGCCCCCAAAGCUGCCCACAAGGGAAAACAGGGCUGGACAUAAUCCCUAAAAGAUCAGAGAAUGAAUUUCAGUCAGGGCAAAGAAAUGAAGAAAUCAGAACCAGUCUCCAUGUCCAACGUGUUCAGGUCUGAGAGGCUCAAUGAUCUUCAAUCCAAAAUGAGUGACAUCUCGACAACCAGCAAGCCGGGAACCUCCCAAAGGAUACAUGUGAGUGAGAGUAAAGGAGUAACUACUCUGACAACUGAAAGCCUCCCAGCGAAAACAUCAGUCCUCCAAGAUCCUAAAUCAGAAGACCCUCAGAAGCAACUGAUUUCUGAGUUAAAGUGGAAGUUGGAGAAGAGGAAAAAGAGCCAGGCCCAAGGCCAACGCACUCACGUGUCCCAUGCCUCAGACAGCUUGACUAACAAAGCCUCCCUGACUCAUGCUCAGGGUGUCUCCAGUGUGGACGGGGCAGCUCACCAGGUGCUGCAUGUCCAUUUGGGGAACAGAGGAGUCAGUAUGAAGCAGCGGCAGGAGCCUCGGGUCCCUAAGAAUAUCUCAAGGUUGUGACAAGAAUUUCCCAGCCGCUGCAAAGAAAGCGAAGCCCACAGGCUCCACAUCAGAAGAGCUUGGUGGAGGGAAUGCAGGCUUGGGAACAUCCCAACCUGGAAGGAAGAGAUUUCCAACUCAGGACCUGCCAUUAAAGGAGAGGCUCGGGAGCAAGUCUCCCCAGACCCCAUCACAGAAGGCACAGUCUCCUCCUGAAAGCCUGUUCAGAAAUAAAAUAACCCCCUUUGUUUUUUUCAAUGGCUUUAUCUUGGGAUAAAAUGCAAACAGCAAGAAAACUCCCAGGAAAAGGGCAGCCCCAUAUCUAUCACACAGAGCAGACGCCCAGUUAAAAGUAGAGCAGACACUGGGAAUUUUCUAGAGAAACUGGGGCAUCAGCAUGUAGUAGAUAUCACCUGCCCUCAAGAUGCCCCAAAGCUCAGCAGUGUGGGACCAGGCCUUUUAAUUCCAGGGCUCUCUCCUGUAAAGUGACAAAUACCAAGUCCUGUGGCCAAGAAGCUGUCUGCAGAGAAAGUUCUGGCAUUAAAGGACCAGCUAUUAUGUCAGAAGCACCCCUAAUCUGUGCCCUGCAGGGGCCAUCCUAGCCCAACCUGCAAACCUCCAGCUGCCUAGGGAUCUCCUGCUGCUCUUACCAUUGCUGAAGGCACUGUGUUCAGAGAUCCGUCUCUAAUAUGUAGAUAGAAAACCAUUCUGCAGAAUUUCCAUGGGAAAAAAUUUCCCACCACAAAAUAAUUCCUUCCUUGUGAAGAAUAUUGAUUUUUCCCUAA